AUGCAUAUUCAUAUUCCUCGUAUUGGAAUUGGUAUGGAUGCCUCCGUGACUCCUUUGCGGCAUGGCGGGCUCUGUCUAGUUCAAACUACCGAUUUCUUCUACCCGGUAGUUGAUGAUCCAUACAUGAUGGGCAAAAUAGCGUGUGCGAACGUAUUAAGUGAUCUGUAUGCCAUGGGAGUCACCGAAUGUGAUAAUAUGCUAAUGUUGCUGGGAGUAUCUACUAAGAUGACUGAGAAAGAGAGAGAUGUUGUUAUCCCCCUCAUAAUGAGAGGAUUCAAAGAUUCUGCUUGGGAAGCUGGCACUUCUGUAACAGGAGGGCAGACUGUUGUGAAUCCUUGGUGCACAAUUGGUGGGGUGGGAACAACAGUAUGUCAGCCUAAUGAAUACAUUGUACCAGAUAAUGCUGUAGUGGGUGAUGUAUUGGUUUUAACAAAACCAUUGGGAACACAGGUAGCUGUAAAUGCUCAUCAAUGGUUAGAACAACCUGACCGCUGGAAUCGUAUUAAGCUGGUUGUUUCUGAUGAAGAUGUACGUAAAGCUUACCAGAGAGCUAUGGAUUCAAUGGCUCGUUUAAAUAGAGUUGCAGCGAGAUUGAUGCACAAAUAUAAUGCUCAUGGAGCUACAGAUGUUACUGGCUUUGGAUUGCUAGGGCAUGCACAAAACUUGGCUCGUCAUCAGAAGAAUGAAGUUUCCUUUGUAAUUCAUAAUCUCCCAGUUAUAGCGAAAAUGGCAGCUGUUGCUAAAGCUUGUGGUAACAUGUUUCAGUUGCUUCAGGGUCAUUCUCCAGAAACUUCAGGAGGAUUACUAAUUUGCUUACCAAGAGAACAGGCUGCAGCUUAUUGUAAAGAUAUUGAAAAGCAAGAAAGCUACCAGGCUUGGAUUAUUGGUAUUGUGGAAAAAGGAAAUCGCACAGCAAGAAUAAUUGAUAAACCACGUAUAAUUGAAGUCCCAGCUAAAGAAAAGGAUGGUGAACUCUGGUAA